AUGCGGAAUGUCCUCCGUGGCAGGAGGUGGCGGCGAAGGAUACUUCUACCAAAAUCUAUAGGUACUACUUAUUGGGAUGCUUUGUUUGUAAGAGAUGGAGUUCUUUACAAGAAAUGGGAGGCCCCGAAUUUGAGGAAGGAAAUUUUUCAACUGGUGACACCCAAAAGUCAAGUUAAACGAAUUCUAGAAGAGGAGUGGUGUAAAACUUGCAAGGUAUGUUCGGCAAGAAAGGGUCCUCCUAAAAAGGGAAAAUCUCCUCUGCAGGUUUACAACGUUGGAGCGCCUUUCGAGAGAGUGCAGAUGGACGUUCUUGGUCCUCUGCCCGUGACCUCUUCCGGGAAUAAGUAUUUGCUAGUUGUUGUAGACUGUUUUUCUAAAUGGGUAGAGGCUGUUCCUUUAAAAAAUAUUAGAUCAAAAACUAUUGCGGAAGCGUUUUUAAAUCAGAUUAUUUCCAGGCAUGGAGUUCCUCUUGAAGUUCAUACUGAUCAGGGAAGGAAUUUCGAGUCGCGGGUCUUCCGUGAGCUGUCGCAUAUUUUAGGGAUUAAAAAGACGAGGACGACCCCUCUUCAUCCACAAACCUCUAAGCAUGAGACCACUGGUGUGUCUCCGGCGGAGCUUUAUCUUGCGCAGGAUCUCAGAUUACCAAUGGAUUUAUUACGUGGUAAUCCACCUGAUGAAGAGAGGUCAGAUUCAUUUGAGGGGUAUUCCGGUAAGGUAAAAAGAAGGCUGGAGGAACUCCAUGAAGACGUAAGGAAACGUCUAGAUAUUAAAUCUUCACAGACAAAAUCCUGGUAUGAUCAAAAGACCAGACGAAUAGAUUUCGAAGUAGGGCAGCGAGUGUGGUUGUAUAAUCCUCGAAGAAUUAAAGGAAAGGCUCCUAAAUUACAGUGUAGUUGGGAAGGUCCAUACUCUAUAGUAAAAAAACUUAGUGAAGUGGUUUAUUGUAUUCACAAUGAUGCAGCUCUUGAAAAUAUAAGUCGUUCUUCCACAUCUGUACAACAGUGCAAAAUUGAAAUCCAAGAUUUUACCACAGAGGAUAAUAAUUCACUAGAGAAUAAUAAUGAAUUCAAUUUGGCAAACUUUAUUUCUGAAGUACAAUCAUCGCUGAUACACGAAUGUGUCUCGCCGAUACAAGAAUGUGCCUCGCCGAUACAAGAAUGUGCCUCGAUGCCAGUAGUUGACCAAUUUUCUAUAAUACAAAAUCUAUAUGAAACAGUCACUCUUCCAACAAAACUGUGGUUUUCGCAAGUAUUCUCAGAUAAAAUCAUAUGGGCUCAGUGGGGUGACCAAUAUAAUACUGCAUUCCGUGUAACUUUGUUACAAGAUAUGAAUCUUCAAAUCUUCAUAGAAGAUAGACGGAUAUAUGUGCCGGGAUUAGAAAAAAUCAAAACAAUCACUGAGAUGUCUGCUGUUCUUAGACGAGUUUCAACUCUACUCCCUUGUGGUGGAGUAGGAAUAGGGACUGAAGGAAAAACCAUCGAGUGUAGCGGUUAUGUAUUGAAAAGCAAGAGUGGCCCCCAAACACAAAGGUGUAAAAUAUGUACUAAAAGACGGACGCAAGUUAUGAGGAAAUUGCGAAAUACUAAUAAGACACUAAAAGUGAAAUGUACAAAAGGAUUAAAGAAACUAAAAAAUGCUCUUAAACGUAAUAUUAGAUUGCGGGCGAAGGUAAUUUUAAACCAAUAUUUAUAAUU